AUGUUAGGAGCUUCUCUUUCGUUAAGCGUUAUUAACAGUGAGGAUACUUCCGAAGAUAAUAAAGAGAAUAUUUCGCCGCUGAAGCAUGAAACUAAGAGUCCCAAUAUCGAAGAGAGAGCAGUGAUCUCAAAAAAGAAAGCAAUUUUUCAAUUAGUUCACUUAAGGAAUACAAUUGAUAUUAGGAUAUUAGAUUCAUAUGCCAGGAGCAGUGAACCUGAAUUUAAUCAAAAGCGUUUGACUGUUGAACUACAACAUAAAAAGGAUAAGAUCAGCCUUUGCAUAAAUACAGAGGGGAUGUAUGAAAGCUUAGUUGCAAUGAGCAUGAGAUACCACAUCGUAGAGUCCCUGGAUCACAGGAAUGGCAACGAAGGAGUUCAUAUUUUUUGUAGCAAAAUAGUGGCCAAUCAAUGGGAGGUUGAUUUCCUGAGUGAUGUUUCGAAACAUUUUGAAUCAGUCAUUUGUGAAUUUGUCACAAACCAGAUAAAGCAAUUGGGGCUGCCGAUAUUUUCAGGCUCUUCAAGAACAUGCUUGGGUCUCUCACGUAAGAUAAAAGGAUGCAGUAUUUCACGCAUACCAUUUGGUACCGGUCUUGCCUUUCUUUUUGAAAAUAUUGCUAAUUCUCUGGACCUUAUUAGGGAGUUGUGCGAGUACAAGAGAAACCACGAAAUCAAAGUUAAUGAUCAAUUCUACUCUCGAAUUUUAUCCUUGGCUGAUAUCAAGAGGGCUAAUGACGUGACAUCAAAUCGUGAUAUACAUCUGGAGUCAACUCAAAAAAACAAGGUCAUAAUGCCGGUAACAACAAUUUUAACUUUUCAACAAAGGGAGGUAAGUUGCUUGAUUGGUUGUAAGGGACAUAGGCUUGACUUCAUCCGUGAGUCUACGAAAUGUUGCAUUAAGGUUCAAUCUAUAGAUUCGGGAAGUGGUGUAUCCAUUUCAUUACCUAGGAACAGUGUUCCUCAAUCUGUUUCAGUUACUGGUCAGCCUAAGAAUGUGCAACAGGCAGUUCAGCAUAUCCAAUACUACAUAAAGCGAUUCAGAGAGAGUGGGUCUAAAUUCAUAUAA